UGCUGAGGCAUUGCGCCUCUUAUCGUUUAUAUUUUGAUAUGGCCCUGGGAGGUACGUCAAGAGCCAUGUCAUCUCUCAUCAUCCCGCUACCCAAGAAUGACAUGACUGUUGAACCUAAAACUCCUUCGUCUGACAACCUUUGGGAAUGGACAGUUGAACUCCGAGUCAAAGAAUAUUCGUUCUUGGAAAUGGAAGUGGAAGUGUUUUGUACUGCUGCUAAUAAGAAGAGUCCGUCAUCAACAAGACCAUUUCAUUGGGGAGGCUCCAUUAGCUGCUCCUGUUAUGGCAAGGACGAAUCAGGAAUUAUUUCACGAUGUAUUCAAAGUACCGGGAACCUGGAGAUGGGGUGGCGUCAGCCCAACAUUCCCUUUCAAUGCUGUACUUUUACUUAUGACCCAAGAAUAUUUCCCAACGAUCUUCAAAUUACCCUUAGUCUGCAAGCGACUAAAACCCAAUUGGCUCCAGUGGCAAAAGUGGCACUAAAGCGGAAACCCUCUGUAUCCGGUACUGUCUGCAAAAGUCUUGGCUCACUGUUGCACUCAGGACUGUUCUCUGACGUUAACCUUAUUUGCCCUGAUGGGGAGAAAAUUCCUGCCCAUCGGUGUAUCCUGGCUGCCCGCAGCGAAUACUUUAAAACAAAGUUCAAGCCUGAAUGGGAUGGACACGAUGUUGAGAUCAGUGUGGAUCCACCUGUCCUGAAGGAGAUGCUCAGGUACAUCUACACAGAUCUUCUUGGAGAUAAUAUUGAUCUGGUCAAACUUCUGGUAGCUGCAGACAUGUAUCUGGUCUCAGAUUUGUGUGACGAGCUCACAGAGCGUCUAAAGCAAAAUUUGCGAUCUAAUAGCAAGCCUGCUGCAUCAGUCUGCUGUGACUUGUUAAAAUCAAGUGCCACACCCAACAGUCCGUCUCUCUGGAAUGUUGUACUUCAUUACUUGAAAUCACACCGCCAUCAGGUGUUGAAGUCUAAAGAGUGGGCCGAAUUUCAGGUAGCCAACCGCCAGGCGGCUGCCGAAGCUGUGCUCGACAUGUACAACCUUCCUGACUCUGAUUCUGAAACUGAUUCCGAUUCCGAUUCCGAUUCCGAUUAGUUGUCUAUUAAGCAGGUAUUUUCUUAACUACCAACUGUAUUGCAGAAGUUCAAUUCUUUUUGCAUUUUAAUAACAAGUAAAUUUUUCAAAAAAAUCUA